ACGCGUACAAAAUCCACACUAAUAUAAGCAACAUUCUUAGAAUAAACGAAUGGUUACUAUAGCAACAAAAACAGAAUAGAAAGGAAUAAAGAUACACAAAUAUAUGUAAAAUGAUAGUUCGGUGUGUAUUGAGAAAAAUUUUACUUUUACUUCUACUAAUCAUAUUAAUUAAAUUUAUUUUAAUUUUUAAAUACAAAAUCAAUUCUUCGUUAGACCAUUGUGAGAGAAAAUAUUUCAAUAAAUUAAACUAUUUCUUGGGUGAGCUACAAAAACAAAAGGCAACGAUCGUUAAUACUGAAUUAAACACCAAUUUAACAGAAGCAAACAUAUUUAAAAAUGCGAGAGAGGAAGAAUACGAGGUGAACACAGACUAUUUGCUGAAUAAAAAAAAGAAACUUAUUUUAAUUUACACACCUCUAUUUGGAAGCAUACCAUGGCCACAUGUACCUUAUGAUUACAAUUUUACAGAGCUAGAUCAAUCACCUUGUCAUGUAAAUCAUUGUGAACUCACUUACAAUAAGAAAGAAAUUAUGCUAAGUAAUGCAGUUUUAUUCCACGCAAGAGAUUUGCCACACGAACAAGUGCUAAGAGAAAUAAGAAAAAACCCAGAGCAAAUUUGGAUAUGGUUAAUGAACGAAAGCCCCAAGUUUACGUACCUAAAUUUAAGUUUAUAUAAUGGAUUGUUUAACUGGACUGCAACAUAUCGAACAGACUCAGAAAUAUUCUUACCCUACUAUGGGAUACGCAAACUUGUUGAACCAACAGGAAAAAUAAAAAACUUUGCAGAAGGUAAAGAUAAAAAAAUACUCUACAUAACAAGCCAUUGUGACGAUACUAGGAUUAAUUUUGUCCGCAACUUGAAAAAAUACAUCUCGGUAGAUGUUUAUGGAGCAUGCGCAAAGGUGUUUCAAAAAGAAACCAAAGAUUGUAAAAAAAACACAUUAAGUUGUGAAGAAUUAAAAAGACGAUACAAGUUUGUAUUAGCAUACGAAAACUCAUUUUGCAUUGACUAUGUUACUGAAAAAUACUAUAAGAACGGUUUAUUAAGCGAAAUUUUGCCGAUCGUAGCAGGAGGUGCUAACUACAGUAAAGAAAAAAUCGCUAUUUCAGGUAGUUUUAUAAACAUACACGAUUAUAAAAAUAUAAGAGAUCUUGUUUCUUACUUAAACUAUCUCGAUAUGAAUGACGAAUCUUAUAACAAAUACUUUCAAUGGAAAACAUAUUAUAAAGUUGAACUGGAAAUGGCACUUUGUAAAGUUUGCAAAGCACUGUGGGAAGAUAGACCAGAAACAACUAUAGAUUUAGAAAAGUUUUGGAGUGUCAAAAACACCUGUAUUAACGAAGCUGACCGAAUGAAAAACUUCUACUAAAGCAUUGUUUUUUAUAAAUUUUUGCUUUUUUCCAAAUUCUAAAUAAGAAUAUUUUUCUAAUCGA